UACAGUUGUUUACAGAUUUGCCGAAAUCAUUUUCAAAGGAACUUUUUGAUGUGAAUUCACAAUUGGCUUUACUUUGGUUUUAUUUGUUUAGUAUUUAUUUAACAAUACUAUGGAUGCGGAUCAAAGUCAAUCGCAAAUGGAGGGGUCGGCCCAGAAUGCUCGCAUACUGUGUCUGCAAAAUCUGAUCGAAAAGAAUAUUGAGAUAGAGCAACAAAUUGAAAACAACACCUUCGGCCAGUCUAUCGCGGCUAUAGAGGAAAUCAUUCAAACAGCCAACGAUAUCAACAAGGGACAUGAAGACCGCCGUACACACUCCACGGAACUUGUCCUGGACACGGAGCUACUGCGUCGCAAUUACGAAGUUGUGGGAAAAGCUAUCCAACAUAACACCAACUUCACGGACCGAAUGGUGGCCAUGGCAAUCAACGAUUUGGUUUUCAAAGAGAACGAAGAGGAUUGGGAUGCUCUUUGUUCAUUGGCUAUUCAGUUCGGAAGACCGCUCUUCACCAAUGAUAGCAUGCUGCCCUUCAUAGAUGUUACUCCGAAGGUGGUGGUUCAAAAGCAACGUGCUCCCCGCAAAACGAAAUCUCAAGUAGAUGAGAAGCGUCCAGAAAAGAGUGACCAAUUGGAACGCAAGGACGAAGGAGCAGCGUCCGUUACUUACAUGCUGAAGCAAAUAAGACAAAUAUAUCGAGAGGGCAAUCAAGAGCCAAUUCCGUACUUUAAACUGAUUUGCAAUCCAAACAAUUUUAUGGACACCGUUCAGAACGCCUUGCAACUUUCGUUUCUUGUCAAGGAGAACUAUAUUUCCAUCGAAAAUGGCGAGGAUGGUUUGCCUUUGGUUCGCGUUGUGAAUUCAAAAUCAGUCGAAGGAAACGCACCGGCCCAGGCUAUUUGUUCCAUCGAUGUUUCCUUUUGUGAGAAAAUGGUAAAGCACUACAACCUACAUGAGCCAAUGCUAAAAAGACUUCCGGUUAGUGACAAAUAAAUAUAUCAGUUGGUUCAUAUUAAAAGUUUAUAUUGUUAUUAAUAAAACACACAGAACGUUUAAAGUUA